AUGGAACCACAGGUUGAGCAUCCUGUGACAGAGAUGAUUUCCUCUGUUGACUUGAUUGAAGAACAAAUUCGUGUAGCUAUGGGAGAAAAACUUCGAUACACACAGGAUGAGAUAGUGCUCAGAGGACACUCAAUUGAAUGUCGUAUCAAUGCAGAAGAUGCUUUUAAAGGAUUCCGACCUGGGCCAGGAAGAAUAACUGCCUACUUACCAUCUGGAGGUCCCUUUGUUAGAAUGGAUAGCCAUGUUUAUCCUGAUUAUGUGGUUCCUCCAAACUAUGAUUCCCUUCUUGGAAAGCUUAUUGUUUGGGCACCAACAAGAGAAAAAGCAAUUGAUCGAAUGAAGAGGGCUCUUGACGACACUAUUAUAACAGGGGUUCCCACAACCAUUGAAUAUCAUAAACUUAUCCUUGAUAUAGAGGAUUUCAAAAAUGGGAAGGUUGAUACCGCUUUUAUUCCAAAGCAUGAAGAGGAGCUCGCCGCGGUUAUGGAUGGUGAAUGGGGGUCAGCCCCAACAUUUGGUGCCAAAGAACUAGCUGCUGCAUCUGCUUCAACACCAGGAACUUUGACAUGCCUUGAAUAUGAGAAUUCCAUUUGA